AUAAAUGGCUGCUGCAUCUUCUUGUGUGUGUGUUAUUGCUGAGAGAAGCUUCAGAAGCUCAGGAUCUGUCUGUAGGAAUCUUAUGGCAUGGGAAACUGACUGAUGAGAGAAGACGUUAUGAAAGACACUGAUUUACGAGAAGGCGUCGAAGAUGGCCCAUGCUCUCAGGUGUGAUGGUGCUCAAAAUGAUCACGAUGAUGAAGAGGAGACCCCCAUAAGGUCGAGUUUCUCUGUGGAGGACCUUCUAGAUGAGGUGGAGAAGAUCAGCAGUGUUCCUACAUGUGGCAAGAAGGUGGAGAUUGUGGUUAGACUGUGGAAAGAUGGCUUUACUGUGAACGAUGAGGAUUUGCGCAGCUACUCCUCAGAGGAGAAUCAGGAGUUCCUCGAAGCGCUUAAACGAGGGGAGUUACCUUUGGAAUUGGAGGGAAGAGCAGAUGAGGAGGAGCUGGAGGUCAGUGUGGAGGACAUGAAGGAUGAAAUGUAUGUCCCAAAGAAGAAGACCUUCCUGCCUUUUAGUGGCAGAGGCUACAGACUGGGCAGCGUGGCACCAAGAGUUGUGGUCAGAUCUCGGUCAAUCCACGAAGACUGCUCUGGUCCCCCGGUCCCUCCAGUGGAGCUGGAUGAAGCAUUGCCCAUCACUUGUCUACAGAUCUGGCUAGCAGAUGGCCGACGGCUGGUGCAGAGGUUUAACCUUUCUCAUCGAAUCAGCGAUGUCCAAGGCUUUGUAGAGAAAGCCCAGACAACAAGCUCACCGUUCAUCUUGACCACAUCCCUGCCUUUUCGGGAGCUCACGCAGGGGAAUCUGAGCCUGGAGGAGGCUGACCUGACAAAUGCUGUUAUUGUCCAGCGGCCUCUCAGCACACAAGCACCUUUUGGUCACGCCUGAUCGAAGUCACCUUAAAGUAUGGAGAAAUGUUUUUCUGGACCUUUUCUAGAACACAAUACUUGCAGUGUUUAAUCCUUACAAAGCUGCUUAUGAGUCUAUACAACUGCAGACCUCUUUGCAUUCAUCCAAUUUGAAAACUCCACCUUGAAGAAUUAAAGAAUGGAAAACUUUUGUGGAAGAAAUCUCAUCACUCUCACCUUGUGAUCUUCAAUCGGAGCGCAAUAACCUUGUACUGGUUGUCUAAUCGUCAUGUGUAAAUGCUGCACCUAGUAUAAACACAAUAAAUAUUAUGGAAUUUAUAUCCAGUAGGUACGGUUUGAAUAACUGACCGUCACUCUUUGUUCUUCCCUUGCUGGAUGCCUUGACCACCUUCUGAUGCAAUGCAGUACACACAUGCCACGUCUUCAAUACUCAAUAAAUAUCUGACUGAGACUGUGCUGUGAUUUGAUUUAAAAAAAUUAAAAAAAAGUACUAAAUGCACUUGACUGUGUUUAUCACAGAUUUGACUGAAGCUUGUGUUGCCACAAUGAUAAUACUAUUUUUGUGUGUUAAAAUAUUUGCUGGUUUGCUGUUAUGAAAUUCAAGGCAGGAUUUAUUUGCAAGUGGAAGAUAUGUACAUGCACUUUAAAUCGAGUGAAAAGUUCUUUUGUACUGGAGCUUUGCUUGCAAUAAACCCAUUAAACAAUUG